AGGCGCUUGGCGGUGGGCAAGCGGAGAAGUGUCGAAGCCCAUUUUGGUGCUCUUCCCAUCUCCGUCGCUCUCUCCGCGGCUGGUGCUGGCGCGUUAUACUUCCCCCGCCCCAUCCUUCCUCCUACGUUAUACUCGCGUUGUUCUCAACCAUCCGACGACAUGGAAAGUGCAGCGGCGGGAGCCGAGUUCAACAUCCUCCUCGCGACUGACUCCUACAAGGUGACACAUUAUAAACAAUAUCCACCCAAUACAAGCAAGGUGUAUUCCUACUUUGAAUGUCGUGAAAAGAAGACUGAGAACUCCAAAUUCAGGAAGGUGAAAUAUGAGGAAACUGUUUUUUACGGGUUGCAGUACAUUCUUAAUAAAUAUUUAAAAGGCAAAGUGGUAACCAAAGAGAAAAUUCAGGAAGCCAAAGAGGUAUACAAGGAACACUUUCAAGAUGAUGUCUUCAAUGAAACAGGGUGGAACUACAUUCUUGAGAAAUAUGAAGGGUGUCUGCCUAUAGAAAUAAAGGCUGUUCCUGAAGGCUGUGUAAUUCCCAGAGGAAAUGUACUUUUCACUGUUGAAAACACUGAUCCAGACUGUUACUGGCUAACAAACUGGAUUGAAACUAUUCUUGUUCAGUCAUGGUAUCCAAUCACAGUAGCCACAAACUCCAGAGAACAAAAGAAGAUAUUGGCAAAAUACCUACUUGAAACAUCAGGCAGUUUAGAAGGACUGGAAUACAAACUACAUGACUUUGGUUAUAGAGGGGUCUCUUCACAAGAGACUGCAGGAAUAGGAGCCUCUGCGCAUUUGGUGAACUUUAAAGGAACUGAUACAGUAGCAGGAAUUGCUUUGAUUAAGAAAUACUAUGGAACAAAAGACCCUGUGCCGGGCUAUUCUAUUCCAGCUGCUGAACAUAGUACUAUAACAGCUUGGGGGAAAGACCAUGAAAAAGAUGCUUUUGAACACAUUGUGACACAGUUUUCUUCAGUGCCUGUAUCUGUGGUCAGUGACAGUUACGACAUUUACAAUGCUUGUGAAAAAAUAUGGGGCGAGGAUUUAAGGCAUUUAAUUGAAUCAAGAAGUGCAGAAGCUCCACUGAUUAUUAGGCCAGAUUCAGGAAACCCUCUUGACACUGUGCUAAAGGUUUUGGAAAUUUUAGGAAAGAAGUUCCCUAUUACAGAAAAUGAAAAAGGCUACAAAGUGUUGCCUCCUUACAUCAGAAUUAUUCAAGGAGAUGGUGUUGAUAUCAACACAUUGCAAGAGAUGGUAGAGGGAAUGAAACAAAAGAGAUGGAGCAUUGAAAACAUUGCCUUUGGAUCAGGUGGAGCUUUACUACAAAAAUUAACUAGGGAUUUCCUGAAUUGCUCCUUCAAAUGCAGUUAUGUGGUCACAAAUGGACUUGGGGUAAAUGUCUUUAAAGAUCCUGUAGCUGAUCCUAACAAAAGGUCAAAGAAAGGCAGGUUGUCUUUACACAGGACACCAAAUGGACACUUUGUCACUCUAGAAGAAGGCAAGGGGGAUCUUGAAGAAUAUGGGCAGGACCUCCUUCAUACAGUGUUUAAGAACGGAGUAGUAAUGAAGUCUUACUCAUUUGAUGAAGUAAGAAAAAAUGCCAGGCUGAAGACUAGUGAACUGACAACGGCAUCUCACUAAAGUUUCAUUCCAUGUUUGUAGAUGUGUAACAAUUAUGUACUGCUAAUGGUUUCAUGUAGAGGUCUGUGUGUUUUGUGUUCGCCACAUUAUAGCCAAAUUAUUUGUUGGUUUAUGGACAUCACUGCCCUAUCUUCUUUUUUAUUUUUUUGCCAGUCUUUAGAAAAGAUGGAAUUGGAGAAAUAUUUGCAGCUUAAAACAAGUUCAGUGUACUUCUAAGGACCCCUUUGCCAGUAGUGAUUCAAUCUGGUAUUGAUCUCCUCACUAAUGAGACAGAGAUGAGACUUUUUAUAUAUACAUACACACACACACACAUAUAUAGUAGCAUACCACAAAGCAGAUUUGCAUAAAAUAUCAUUGCUUUAUGUUUAUAUUUAACUUGUAUUUUUGUACAAAAAGAUUGUGUAAAAUAUAUUUAAAGUUUCAAUAAUUACGUCUUUCCAACUUUUCAUGAUUUUUAUGAGCACAGACUUUCAAGGAAAUAUUUGGGGAUGGGGGAAUGCAUUGCCUUUUGUCCAUUGAUCAGCAAAUAAAACAUGGCCUUACGUUUUAUUGUGACAAUUGUACUGUUUGAAAGUUUUAAUCAGGAUUAGCUCACUCAGAUUCCACAGAAAAAUAGACAUCCCUGUACAUUGUAGUUAUGUCAUUUGAGAGCUGAAUUUCUGUUCUUACUGGAAUUGUGAGGUACUAAAUAGAAAUAAAUACACAGGUCUUGCUAGAGAGCAAGAAAUACAAACAGAAUGCCAAAUGUGGAAAGGACUUCCUUCUGCAACAAAGUUUGCCAAGUGUAUCUCUGUAUUCCCAGAGUAAGUCUUCAAUCUUGUGCACACCCAAACAUGCAUGAGAUUUGACUGUAAAACUAAGGGACUUCCUUCCACUUACAGAACAUACAUGUGUAAAAUGCUGACAUGUAUGGAAGUGCUUUAUUAAAGUACUACACUUCUGGGUUUAUUUUUCCAUAUAGUAUGACAAACUUCAAAGCAAACGGCUCAACUGAACUGGUGCACUCCCCCCCCCUUUUUUGUAUUUUCGUCAUUCAUUUUGCUUUUUUGUCAGAGUGGAUGUUAAAUUGUAUAGACGUCUUAAUUUUUUUUUGUUAAACAACUUUAAUAAAACAUUAUACUAGCCAAGCUCCUUUUACAUUGAUAGCCUCCCCUAUAGGGGACACUAUGCAGAGGUUAACUCUUUUUAAAACAAGAGGUAUUGAAAGGUAUUCUUUUCAUAACUGCACUUGGUUCACUUUUCUAUAGAUGUGUUGAAUUGAUUACAAAGAACAAGUUGAUUAGUGAAUGACUUGACAAGCUGUUUCACAUUCUCAGGUGUAUGGCCAUACUUCUGGAUGGUUUCUAGAAGACAAGGAUUUUUAUGGCCUUUCUAGAGGAGGUGGUUUAAUUUUGGUUUGUUAGCUCUGGUGAGGGAUUAAAAAACUGGUCACUGAGCAGGUGGCACUUAGGUUUAAAUAAUUAUCUGCAGAAUUCUUAAGAAUUGUAAUAAAAGGGAGCAAAUCAAGGUAAGAUUUUUAAAGUGUUGAAAAGCCAUAUUUUAAUAUUUUGCUAAAUGAAGCUUAUAUAAUUGCCCCAGGGUGGUGUUGUGCCACUUCCCCCCCACCCCAGUCUCUGUAGUAUAUUUUCUAAAUAACGUUUCUACAGCUAUAUGUGAUUAUACAUGGAACUGAAGUAUUAUCAGUGAUUUGGCUGGUUCUUCUUCGUGGUCUCUCUGCAUCUCACAUAAUGGGCAUGCAGCCUGUUUCAGAAAGAUUCUAUAGCUGGAACAUUUUUGGUGGAGCCUCUCCCCUGCCCCAACAUGUAGGAGAGGUUCUCACCGAAUCCUUCAGCUCUUCUUCAACUGCUGUCAUGGGUGCACCAGGAAGUUCUUUCUUUGCAUUCUUGUAGUUAUCUUUCCCUAGCGAGACCCUCCCAGCCCUUGGUGCCAUGAAAUACACAGCCCCCUACAAGACACUCAUAGCAGUAGUUGACUUGCUACUGCAAAAAGCCAUAGAGAGAGCCACCUCCCCAGAGACAACACUAGGCCUUUACUCCAGUUGUUGUACUGAAGAGGUAUGGGGGAAUCCACCUGAUACUGGAGCUCAGGGGCAUCAAUUUCUACACAGUCCUCAAGAAAUUCUGGAUGGCCACACUGCAGAACAUCCUACUCCUGCUACAUAAUGGGACUAGUUGACAUCAACAGACCUCAAAGAUGCUUAUUUCCAUAUCUCCACUGAGGACUCUCACAAACACUUCUCCAUUUCCACACUGGAGGCGAGACCUUCGAAUUACUGACCUUAUCUUUGGGCUUGCCAUGGCCCCUGAGUAUUCACAGAGUGCAUGGCAGUCUACCCCCAUGGAGUCCAAGGUCUACAAUUAAUUGUCAUUCCAUCCAGUAGACCUUGGUGCAAGCCAUCAGUGCCUCAUACAAACUGCUUUCUCGACUGGGACUUGACUUAACCUCAGAAAAGUUCACCUUCUUACCCUCUCAGCUGACCUCUUCAUCAGGGCCUACCUAGAGAGCAUACCUCCCAGACUCCAGAGUGUUUGUGCUGAUCAAGACCCCUCAGGCAUCCAACCACUAUCACCUCUGGAGACCAGAAGAUCCUCAGCCUUAUGGUAGCCACUGUCACCAUCAUUCCACUGGCUAGAUUCCACACAUGCCUCCUGCCACGUCUGGUUCAUCAACACCAUCUCUGCUGAAGAUCUGUAGAGAACCAAACUAAAGAUCCUCCAAAACAUCCAGCAAAGCCUCCAGUGAUGGACCUAAACCCACAAGCUAUCCAAAGCAACUCACUAACAAUAACUACAGAUGUUUCCUGCUCUGGGUAGGAAACCCACUCUGGCUACCUGGUGAUCUGAGGAAAGUGGAACAGGACUGAUUCCAUCAGACAUAGAAACUACCUGGAAAUGCUCAGUACCAAAAGUCCUUGUGGUUUUCCAAACUCUCCUCAGACUUCACAUCCAGAUCAACUCUGACAACACCACCAGCAUGUUCUGUAUAAACAAGCAGGGAGGCACCAGGUCCAUCACAAUAGCAUGUCUAGCACCUGAAAUCAUGAAGUGGCGCAUUACUGACACGGGGAUUCCCCAGCUUGACAUCUGCAAAGCAGUUGCCUGGUUGAAACGGUCCACCUUUGUAAAGCAGUACCAUCUUGACGUAUGUGAGCAGAAUGCGUCUUUAGCAAAGUGGUUCUGUUUUCCAUCCUUCAGUAGCAACAGCUCCUGCUUCCAGAAGGUAAGCUCAGCAGUUUCCCAUACGUGUGAUGCACAGAGACCACAAAUGAAGGAAAGUUGUUUACCUGUAACCAGUUCUCUGAGUGAUCAUCAUGUGCAUUCAUUCAGCCCAUCCUCCUGCCUCUCUUCCGUGUUGUUCCCUGAUGAUGUAGCAGUCCUAAACUACAUUAAAGGCAAGUCCAUGAGCAGCCCCCCUUCCUCAAAACAGGAACAUGAAGUUUGUCUCAUGUCACUCACACUGAGGGAUUGGGCAGAACCCUCUCCUACAUGCCAGGCUGGGGCGGGGGAUCCCAGCAGAGAACAUCUGUGCUACAGAUUGUUCCCAAAACUGACUCCAUGCAGGUCUGGAGCCAUGUGAAUACACAGAUGACCACUUUAAGAACUACAAUUGCAGGUUAGCAACCUUACUUUGUCUAAAAGUGACUUCCAUGUCCAGAAAUAGCCUUCCUUAUUCUGAUAUCGAUUUGUCAUGGUGAGAAAAUUCUGAUUAACGGUCAUCAAGAUAUUUAAUUCCCUUCAGAAUAUAUGGGGGAAUGAAUUUAUGAUACGUAGUACAAGACACCUGGUAAGUGUCCCUCAUAACAUGUAUUUUUGUACUUGAAUGCUGUAGAAAGGCAAUCUUAGGCACUAUGAGUUCCCUGAAAGAAUGAGUUUCAAUGUUUCUGGGGCACAUACAUGUUUAUGUGUUAGUUAAAACUCUAUCUGAAUUAUCUCAGCUACACUUCAUAAAGAAUUCUGGGCUCCCACCAUCAAGAUUCUAAUGUUAAUAGAGUUGACAUCUAAAGCAUCACAGUUUGGUGUUAGAUAAAACUUACUUUACAGUUGAAAUAUCCUAAUCUGCCAUGCAGAAGCAAGCUGCUUGUUUGGUUUUGCUUUAAACAAUUAGGUUUGUAGAAAUUUAUAUAUAUAUAUAUAUAUAUAUUUAGUUUCCAUUCAUAAUAGUACAGUACUUGUAUUUAGAAAUGACAACUGGGAGGCUUUUUGUGUUUUAGAGAUAAUUUAUUUAUAAUGUGUAUUUAACAUAGGAAAUUUUUAUGACUAUUUUUUCUCAGAAGAAUGGUUAUGUCAUAGAUACGAAAUCUUUUAUAGCAAAGAAUCUCAGAAAAUUGAAGAUGUAUUCAUUGUUUGCCAAAAUCAAACCAUAAACAGAAUUUUCUUCAGUAAGAAUUUGCUUUCUUACAUUCCUUCUUAAUCUACUUAGCCAAGUAAGCAUUCUUCAUAUAACAACUGUGUUUCAGUAGCCAUAAUGUACUUGGCAUCAAAGACAAAUGUAAUGAACAUGGAAAUAAAGUUUUAGUUCCAGUAGUGAAA